AUGCUCAACAACGCCAAUAGUCCCAUUACCUUCCCUUCUCCCAACGCGAUACCACCGAGAACUUCUUCCACCGGCCACAUCGUCCCACAUCGGCCCUCCAAGUCCGUCCUACGACCUGUUCCCGAGUCCGACUGGCUAGGACAGAACGAACGGGUCAGACAUCAUCGUCACAACCCCUCCGCGACCCAGGUCCCCUCUUUUCCGAAUAUCAUGCAAGCGUCCGCCCCUCCAGAUCCCUCGCGAUAUGCGACCGCGGAUUUCAACUUCGUCGCGAAGAAGACAUGGACCGAACAGAAGGAAAAGGUACUAUGGGGCCCAUAUGACUACUUGAUGGCACACCCGGGCAAAGACUUCCGUGCACAGUUGAUCGCAUCCUUCAAUACAUGGCUUGAAGUCCCCGAGGACAGCUUGGACAUCAUUACAAAGGUGGUGGGAAUGCUGCAUACGGCUUCCCUGCUCGUCGAUGACGUUGAGGACAACUCGGUGCUACGACGAGGAUUACCUGUGGCGCACAGCAUUUUUGGUACGGCGCAAACCAUCAACUCGGCCAAUUACGUCUACUUCUGUGCUCUGCAAGAGCUUCAGAAGCUCAAGAACCCCAAAGUGGUCAACAUUUACAUGGAAGAGCUCUUGAACCUCCACCGCGGGCAAGGCAUGGACCUCUUCUGGCGGGACACCCUGACCUGCCCCACGGAAGAGGAUUACCUUGAAAUGGUGGGCAACAAGACGGGCGGGCUCUUCCGGAUCGGCAUCAAGCUGAUGCAAGCCGAGUCGCGGUCAUUGAUUGACUGCGUGGAGCUGGUCAACCUGAUGGGGCUGGUGUACCAAAUAAGGGACGACUACAUGAACCUAUCGUCGGUGGAAAUGACCCAGAAUAAGGGGCUAUGCGAGGACCUGACCGAGGGCAAGUUCUCGUUCCCCAUCAUACACAGCAUACGGUCCGACCCCAACAACCUGCAGCUCCUCAACAUUCUUAAGCAGAAGACGACGGAGGAUGAGGUUAAGCGCUAUGCCGUCAAGUACAUGAAUGGCACCGGCAGCUUCGAGUAUACACGACAGGUCCUCGCGGUUCUCAUUGAGAGGGCAAGGAGGACUGCUGAUGAGAUAGACGACGGCAAGGGCAAGAACCAGGGAAUCCAUAAAAUACUGGACAAGAUGGUUGUAUCUCCGUAA